AUGAACCAGGGAACAGAUCUCUGCUUCACGGAGCCAUAUGCCCACAUCUUACUCCCCAUGCUAGCGCAGUACCCAAUGCACAAAAUGGGUGUGAAGGAGAAUGCUCUGAAGUACAUGAAAAUGCUUGAGGAUAAGCUGCGUAGCUGCAAGUGUCCACUGCUUGGAAAAGUGUGGGGAGCUGACUUGGAAGCUUGUCGGUUGCUUGUCCAAAGCCUACAGCUCCAGGAGUCCAGGGACACGCUGUUUGCAGAAGAUGAGAGGCAGACAGAUGACUUUGCAGGAGCCGUCUGUCCAACCACUCCUGCCAUCUCCCCCAAGCUCCACUCUGAAGUUGAGAGGAAGACCCCUUUGCAGGCCUUCGGGGACUGGAAGGCUCACCUGAGCCCAUCUCUGUACUUUGCUGGCAGCGAGCAGAAAGAGAACCACACCAGGAGGCUUUGGAGCUCUUUUUCUGACCAGGAAUCUUGCGUCCUUUCUGCAGAACUUGGAGAAAAAUGUGAAGCCAUAGACAAGAAGUUAUUGUACUUAGAAGAUCAGCUUCACACGGCAAUCCACAGCCAUGAUGAAGAUCUCAUUCAGUCUCUCAAGAGGGAGCUCCAGAUGGUGAAGGAAACUCUGCAGGCCAUGAUCCUGCAGCUACAGCCAGCAAAGGAGGUGGGAGAGAGAGAGGCUGCAGCUUCCUGUGUGACAGCUGGUGUCCGGGAAGCGCAGGCCUGAGGCGUGACAGGAUGCGGGGGGAGGAGGGUGAGCGGCCACAUCAUCGACAUGGAUGCACCGGAGGCCUCUCUCACCUCCCCGGCACGGCCAAUGUGCCUGAAUCCAUUACGGACACAGGGCCCUGAGGGCUCCCUGCACAGAGGUGGUCCCUCUUUGCGCUCCUGGGGCUAAGAGCAGGGAGACCGCACAUUGGAAGAUGGAGGGGGACGAUCUGCUGGAUUUGCUUCCAAGUGUCAGCCAGAGGCACCUUUCCCGUGUUGCUCAUGGGAGCAUUCUACACAGGACUUGAAAAUCUUCUCGUCUCAGCUCCCAUUAGACAGAAGUUGGGGUUGAAUUCUGCUAGAAAAAUGUCUCUUUUCCUGUACCACUUGCUUUCUGUUGCAAUUAAAGUAUCUCCUGAUUUAAGAACCUGUAAAGAGGAAACUAAACGUAAGUCUCUAUCACCAUACCUGUUAUACUUUCCUACAGGCACAUGAUCUAAGGGAGCUAAUUAACCCCAGGAUCUGGAAUUAACAGCUUUUCACCUUCUCCUGUGAUUCACUAUAAUCUCAGAAGAAUACAUAUGAAAAAUUUCAAAAGACCUUGCUUUAAAGUAACAACCUGUCAAUGAGGUGCAGUCUUCUGAUUUUCCUAUCAUGGCAACAGGCGUUCCUACCGAAAGGGUCCUUGGUGUUUCACCAGGACAUCGUAAAAUUUGCCCACAAUGAAAGCAGGAAGAGAGCAGGGGCAUGAAGGGAUCAGAUGACAAGUUUAAACUUCUGGGCCUCUCCUCUUUUCCUCCCUAACUUGUUUCACUCAGUGCCAGGCAGGAUGUGGAUGUGGACACCUUCAUUCAGUACAGUGCAGUAUUCAGUAAGAGAGUGCAUAUACUCAGGAAGGCAGUGCAGACUUAGUAAGAAAGCAGUGCAGUACUCAGUAAGCAUACUCAGUAGGGCAGUACAGUACUUCGUAAGGCAAUACAUACUCAGGAAGGCAGUGCAUACUCAGAAAGGCAGUGCAGUA